AUGGCCAACGUUCACGGACAAUAUAUUGUGCCAGGCCCGGAGCCUAUAGAACCUGACAGAUAUAAUAAUAAUAGAGAAUCAUUCAUUACAAACGGUACAGAAAUUCUUAGUUAUACGGGAACUGAACUCAGUCACGAUAACAAUCAACAAGGGGAUGGCAACGAUGAAAAUGAGGCAGCAGCAGAUCAGACAAUAGAACCUACAGAAAAAAAACCUCUGUAUCGCCAAAGGCGUUUUUGGUAUAUUUGCUGUGGAAUCAACGCCGUUAUUACUAUCAUCCUGAUCCUAUUAAUUGUUUUCGUCAUAUUCCCGGCGAUUGCUCAGAAGUCAAUCGACAAAUCUAAAUUAUCCUUCGAACGCGUCUCUAUUCAAAUGCCGAUAAGUGAGAACUCCUUCAACCUGGCUCGUAGUGGAAGAGUUUCCAAUGGUGGCUCGAUAAAGGCCACUGUGAGCUUUCCCCAACCUAUUGAUGUGAUUUGGAAUCAAAAGAAAAUCGGAGAACUUCAACUUCCUGAAACGAAGAUUUCUGGUGGAGAUUCAGAAAUAGUGAGUACGGGACCAUUUAAUAUCACGGAUGUGAAAGCUUUCAGUCAAUUCACCAUCGAGCAAUUGAAUAGUGAUCUAUUCAAUUGGACAUUAAAUGGAAAAGUCGAUGUAAAAGCUUUAGGAUUAAGCGCACGCGGGUUGAACUUUAAUAAGACCAUUGUUACGCCAGGAGGACGUGGCUUUAAAAACUCAACGAUUUUACAUUACCAGUUUAUCACAUACAACGACAUUCCACUCGGAGGACAAAACAUCACCGUAUCUAUGUGGAACCCAUCGCCAAUUUCCGUUUACUUAGGCACUUUAGGACUCCACAUUUAUUACAGAGAGACUUAUAUGGGUCUAAUUGAAACCACAAAGCUUACCAUCAACCCGGGCGAAAAUACGAUAAAUUUUGUAGGAAGUUUCGUCUCGAAUUUUUCCGCUAACGAUACCGGAAACCUGGUAGAUCUCUUUACUAGAAUUGCAUUCGAACAAGUAGUCGUUAAUAACGCCAAAGGAGCGUAUGCAAAACCAGAUGGUGUUCAUGAAAUAUCCUGGCUGUCGACUGGAGUUCAAGCGAUUGAGAUGACUAAUGUUCUUCCUAAUGUGACACUUCCACCAUUAUUUUCUUUAUUUAAUAUUAGUUUUCCACCGCUGAGCGAUUCUAAUUAA